AUGGCGGUAAGAAAAGUUGCUCUUCCCGUCGAUGAAAGUGCUCACAGCGAGCAAGCUUGUGACUGUAAGUAUUAGUUUAUAUUAUAUUUUCGUGUUUGAUUAUUUAAACCCGGCCCUAGUCAAUUUUUUUUAUGAUGGAGGGUUUUGUAAGUUGAAUGUUUGUUGUACUUCUAGCAAGAUUGAAUAACACCCUAGGUGGUACUCUUUAUGACAAUUUCUUCUCAUCGUCUUUGCCUGUUUAAAUGCGAUAUAUAUAUAUAUUUUUUAAGUGAAACUUUCAUUGAUCGUAAAGGAACUAAUGCCUCUGACUAGCACACAAAGAAGCUAUCUAUAGCUAUUGCGUACUUUAAUACGUGUGUAAGGUUUAUGCUUUGCUCGUGCAUGAUGGAGUUUGGCUGUAGGAGAUCAUGUUGCCUUUUUUUCUUCACUUAUAAAGCGUCUUAAUUGGCUUCCCAAGCUGUAAAAUAUGAAUGGCCUGGAAUAAGCGCUUUUCCAAUGGGAUGCAAAAAGAUAGCCUGUUAAUUUAAUUUAAUAUUACCACUGUUGCAUAAAUUAACUAUAAAUUCCUGUGUCGCCUCCCGUGUCGUUUAGGAGAUCUUCCGAUCACAUGACAAGGAGAGUGACUUUUACGUGAGCACGGCAGUGUCGUGUUUUGAUCAUCGAAUUAAAAUCUCUGUCUCUUUUCUUGGAGGUGACUUUUGCAGAUGUAACUAGUAUUUUGCCAUGCUGAGCAACUUGUACAGUAGUUUCUACUUUAAAAAACAAAUGAGGGGAGGAGGGCAAACCUCUUCAUUUAGGGGUGUGCCACUCAGUGAGGUCAUAAUUUUGGGAGUGUUGGAGACUGAACAGUUUGCUGUUAGCCAUAUGUUCCAUGUUUUUGAAGAACACUAUCAGACUUGCCAAAUUCUGGGCAGGAGAUUUUUUAUCUUGUGUGGCAGAUUUUUUCCUCUUGUGCCAAAGCAUCCCAUGUUCCUCUUUCCUCCCCCACUUUCAUCCCAAGAAAGCAUAUAUGCCAACUCUCCCGGAUACAGCACUGAUCUCCUGCUCUCCUGUAAGGGACACAAAAUCUCCCAGAUAAAAUGGGGUUUUGAGCUUUUCUGUGCUUUAGUUUAAAUUAUUUAGCCCAUUUCUUCUCUCAAAAUUCAAACUUUUUUUAUUCAUUGUACAGUUUCUGGGACAUUUUUGCAUGUAUUUAGUCACUGACAAAGAUGAAAGCAAAUUUUGAUAGCCUGUACUUCAUGCAAGACUCCAUAUAAUGUCCUAAGCCAUUGCAGCUGGGUCAAUUUGCGGGCAGGGGGGUUUUGUAGGGCUGUUGACAUUCAGGGGGGGGGGGGGUAGAGCUGUAGUGCAAAAUAAAGAGUCUCCAGAUUUUGGAGGUUGGCAUCUCUGAAAAAAAAAAAAGGAAAACACUUACCACAACCUUGAUUAUUCCGGUAUUCAUAAAAGCCUAGACUCCUAAAUUUACAAACUGAUCCUGAUCAAGGGUUACUAACAGUCCAGGCAUCAAAGAAGCAGUAUUUAAGGUCUGUUUCAAUUUCCAUUUCACAUGUGCCAAAUCUAGUGCAGAUGAGCAAGAAUGAUUAUAGAUUUUUCUGAUUAUUCUUAAAUUUGGCACAUGUGAUCCACGAUUCACUUGUAAUAAAUUGUAGGAAAGUUCUUAUUUUGUCCUUUUUGUACAGGGUACCUAAGUAACAUGAAACAUGAUAACGACAAGGUGUUUGUGAUACAUGUUACUGAGAUGCCUCACAUGCUCUCCACUGGUAAGUUUUGUCUCAUAUAGCUGCAGUCUUGCUGCAUCUUAUUUCAGCAUUUUGAAUUUAGUCGUUGAAUUUGGUGUUUGAGGUCUUACUGGGAUCCUUUUUGGGGGCUUCUUUACAUGUGUUUCCGAAGUAAAACUGUUUCCAAGGGAAGAACCACAAAAACUGACAAAAAGUGUUAAUUACUGUACAUUUGUACAACACAUUUAUGGUAGAACUAUAUAUAUAUAUAUAUACGUAUCGAGCACUCUACUACGGAAAAAUCGAUACACAGACUUCCUAUAUAUAUAUAUAUAUAUAAUCCAACUCUGCAAAUCUACACAUCGCUCUAGUUUACCUAUUGAGCACUUUAAUAGCUGAUGAAAUCUUCAAUUCAUUAUAUUACUAUAUUAUAUAUAUAUAUAUAUCUUAAUCACAAAUGAAGACAGAAAACAGUUUCCUUUCAAUCCACCUAUAUUUCGAUCACAUUCAGUGAUCUUCUUCGGGAUGACUAACUAGCCGUUAACGUACAGAACUAUGGUGAAACUUACCAGGCAUAACCUAUUGUCAGGGUUCGGAAAAAAACUUGAAUUUCAUUUUGUCCUUUGGGCAAGCAACUCUCAUGUUUUUGUUGCCCCUGGCCACUUCUUUCUCAUUGUAGUUGUUGAUUGUUUGAGGAUGACUUGACUUGAUCCUUGGCCAUUAGGCGGCAAGUCAUUUUUAAUAGUUACUUGCCCAGCAAAAAGAUCUAGUUGUCCCAGACUGCCAGGACAGGUCUUUUUUCGAGCCCUGCUUUUGGUAUGUAUUCCUGGGGGCACUGAGACUCACCUGUCCUCACUAGUGAUUUCACACUAUAUAUUACUAAGGGGCCAAACAACUUUUGGUGGUAAUUUCAGUAGUUAGGCCUUCCUUACAAGAUUUUCAUUGGAAUUUUCGGGUCAACUUCUCAUGGUUUUUCGUGUUUUUCUCCAGUCUCCCUGACUGAAUCCUGCUCGUUCUGGCAUGUAUUGAAAGAUCUCUUUCCUCUGCACAGACAUAAGAUAACAAAGUUGUCCUUAAGGAAGAGUUGGAAAGUUUCUCAGGUGCUUGCAAGGGACAUGGAUUUACAUGGGUGGUUACAGGGCAAAAGGGUUAAUGAAUUAAUUUAUCCUCUUUCAGUUUCAUCCUUAUGUUAUACUGUAUGCAAUAGGCUAUUGAGAGGCCCUCAGGGUAAAAUCUAAACCACGUUUUAUCUCCAUGUCUUUGAAUCUGAACAGAAACUGUCACUAAAGAAGACUGGGACCAACAUAUAAAAAACCAUACUGAGAAAGUGAAACAGCUUGAGGAGAAAUACAAGAAGAAGUUGACUGAUGCAGGGGUAAGAUUUAUCCAUAAUGGUUAUUUAGAAGCAGAAAAUGUGCCAAUUAUGUGGAAACAGGUUUUAAAUGAUUUCACAGUUCAAUUCAAGUAGAAUUAUGGAGCUGUUUCAAUAUAGUUUGUGUUGAAUGUCAAGGGUCUCACAGUGUGUCUGCAUGUCAUGAAGUCUAGUGUCAAUCAAACAAAAUAUUUCUUAUUCAUACAGCUAUUUUGAGAAAGGUUGUCAGAAAAAAGCGAAACCCCGAAAGGUGUCUUGGGUAGUUUCAAGUUCCUCACCUCAGCAUUUCAGAAAAAUCUGAAAAAAAAGGCCAUAGACUUAUGUUUACAAGACAGUGCUAGAAUAAGGCAACAAAAAGGAGGUUCAAUAGCGAUUGUAAUAGUGUUGGGAACUUACCCAAAUAAUUUACUGAAAAUGGUUUGCAACCCAACAGAUUGUGUGUAAAUUUAAUUUCAUAGCACUAAUUCCAGUGACUGUUGAUAGACUGUCAUUAAAAGCAAGGUCAUGUUUGUUUUUCAGGUGGAUAUUGAGGUUAAACUCCAUGGUGGUAAACCUGGCGAGGCCAUUUGUUGUGUGAUUAAAGAGUGUGAUGUUGACCUUGUGGUGAUGGGAAGCCGAGGGAUGGGUGCUGUUCGACGCACCUUUGUAGGAAGUGUCAGCGACUAUGUUCUUCAUCAUUCUCAUGUCCCAGUUGUAAUUUGCCCCAAAAAAUGA